CAUGACAUGAAGUGAGUUUGUCUCGGACCUACUUAGUUAUGCUGCUCGGGGUGGGCGCAGCACAUCCAUUUCCGGUUCCUACAAUGGUAUGCUUCGAUUCUUCCGGAAUGUUGCCUAGUUUGGCUAGUUCCUAUACUAAGGUACACAGUCGGACGGUAAGUCGACAUAUGCGGUGACCUAACUGAGGCAGCGGACGCCCAACCAUGAGUCGAACCUUAUCAUUGAAGUACCCGUUCAUGGGUCAAUAUAUCGGAAAAUGCAUCCGGCUUAAAGAAGGGAUCAGUCUACUCCGCGAGGCUGAAUCUGUUUGGAAAUCUGCCGACAACAAGCUGGCCUGAUGUUGUUCCUACGGUUCCCCCUCUUUUUCCCGCCACCUACUCGUCUACACAUUCCCUGUCUCUGUUGAUCACUUCGGACCUGAUAUACCAUUGUUACCUAUCACAAAUCACGUACAUCUGAGCAUUUCAAUUCAACCGUGCAAAAUGUCGCAGCACGGAAAGGAAACAGCGUUACCAUCCUACGAAGACUCCAUUAAUGCUGGACUGCCACUCUCUCGGGGUCAACAUAUUCUCGAUAAUCUGACACUUGUACGGGCAAAGCACAUACGGGCCAUCGUUGACAAUGCCAUCAUACCCCUCAUCGAAGACCAAGCCCUCCGUGGCAUUGCGCAGACCACGAUUGUCAUGUUACCCUCCGACAUCCUCAACUCUAGCUCAGUGACAGAGAAAUCAGACUUCAGCUUUGCUACUGAGGAUGACGAACAUGUGGAGGUCCAAGGAUUAUCUUCAGAAGAAAAGCCACAGAUCAUAAGAUUGGCAGGACCGCUCAACAAAACCGAAUUUUGGAAACCGCCAGCGAUUAUCAAGGAGCUGGAGCGUGUACUCAUGGAAAAUCUGAUGGUUGGUUCGGGUGGUCCAUCUUCAAGCCAAUUUCAGCCGAAACCCAUAGGUUCGCAAGGGAAACAGCCCAAAAAGGGUUUGCUAGGGCGCAUGACAAAGGCAUUCCAACGUGAGGAAAGCUCGGUGGAGCAAGAUUCCACACUUUACGUUCCCCACCCCGACCCGAAUUCAGGACGGGUGACUAUUGAAGCUCGGCUCGAGGAGAUGUGUUUGAGGACAGUAAAUGAGUUUGGGCUUUAUGAUACGACGUCCAAGCAAUGCAUCAUUAUUCGGAUAGAUGCUGGACACUGAUGUAGUAUAAAAGAAACAAAUAAUCCAGGUAUUCUGACAUCAAGAUGAUGUUUCAAUGACUUCUGUGCAGAACCCUGUCAAGUAGUAUAACACCGAGCGCGACUCUAUGUAGUGGACGAAGUAAACGUGUGCAAAACCAUAUGAUGCUUCGUGUUUGAAACGUCAGCCAUGCGCAUUCACCCAUUUGAUCGUUCUGAUAU